AUUGUGUGUGCAUUUAUAAAAUUUAAAUCACUGUACAAUUUCAAUAAUUUGUAAUAUAAGAAGCUUAAGUGAUUACAAAAGAUGUUCAUAGCGUUAUUGAUUAUUUAUCGUUGUGGGCCAAGAUUAAGUAUACUAUAGUUGAGUCUGCAAAAGAAUGACUAGCAUGCUGUUUACUCUUUAGUCUUUCCCGAAUAUUCAUGUGCGAUAGACAUAAUUAUUGUUGCUUUUCAUAAUCGUUGUGUGAUAUCAAAUUGAUGUAUUUGUUAACAUGCCUCUAACUUUGAUAAAAAAUCAACGUAAUGGAUACAAUUUAGUCCAUGAAAAGUUUAUAUAUCGAUAUUAUCGUGAAGGUAGCGGUGAUCAUCAAUGGCGGUGUGUGCAUUACAAUUCCGGAAAGUGUCGUGCUGUGUGUCAUACUACGACUAAUACUGCUGAUGGUGAUGUUAUAUCAUGUGGUGAUCAUAAGCACGCGCCCGACCCAUCAAAAAUUAAUGUUAUGUCCGCAUUGGAGAAGCUUCGCCACAAAGCAGCAACGACUGACGAGCCUACUAGUUCCAUUGUUGCAGCCACUGUUGCAGGUGUUCCUAAUGCAGCCGCAGUCAAUUUAGGUAGUCGUCGUGAUCUAGGAAGAACAGUUGCACGAAUCCGAAAGGUCAAUAAUAACAUUCCGGUGAGUCCUACGACUUUAAAGGAUUUAAUUGUGCCGCCAAGAUAUAGCGUCACUGCCAAAGGAGAGCCUUUUUUAUUGAAGGAUAUUAAAAUUGAUACUAAAAAACGUAGUGAACGAUUAUUGAUAUUUUCGACUGAUCAAAAUAUAAGAUAUUUGAAGCAGUGUAAAAUUUUGUUCGCUGAUGGUACGUUCAAGACUUUACCUACAAUGUUUUAUCAGUUGUAUACUUUGCAUGCAAGGAUAAAGGAUAAAGCCCUGCCGUUGGUGUUUGUUUUGACUACUGGAAAAUCGGCCAAGCUAUAUGAACGGAUGUUGUCGGAGAUUAAAAUUUUAAAGCCCGAACAUGUUACGGUUGAUUUUGAAAGAGCAUUUAUAAACGCUGCUGGAGAGUCUUUCAAUGGUGUCGAUAUUAGUGGUUGUUUCUUUCAUUUUACGCAAUGUAUUGAGACAAUGUGAAUUGUCAUCUUCUCCCUCAGCCUUGCGGUUCCCAUUUUUCCCCGUCUCGUUGCCGUCUGAAACCACCUAAAGCUAGUCAUAGUGCCAUGGUCACAUGACUAGUUAUCACCUCAACGCAUAACCGUAAGGGGAAGUGGGGAGCGAGCCCAAACUCAGCCCUAAGACCCUACGGUUAUUGAACUUCACUUCGAUCCUGGAUCAAUUAGCAAUAAGACGUAUAAUUCAAUUUCACUGUCAUAUACUAGCAAUUUAUUUGCGACUUUGUUAAUACGGAUAACUACUUUGUAAAUCAGGAAAUUAACUUGUGUUAUAGUUGUAUUACUAGCAAUUCUCUUGCGAUAUACUUUACUGUUCAAGUUUACUGAUUAUUAUAAAUAGAGUUAGUUCAAUUAAAUAUUACUGUACGUCACCGGCGGUAUACCCGCGAUAUAAAAUUAUACUGUGCCACGAAUCUGUCUACAUUAUAUCCAGUGCUUGCGUUUUCUUGUAAGUAAUUUUGAUUAUUAUAAUUGGCAAUAAACUUGCAAAUUAUUCUGAUUAAUUCCUUUUAUUCCAUCUAUCACUGUUCAUCCCACUUAUUUCCUAUUUUACUGGUAAGAUUAUUAAAUAGUCUGAUAAAAUAAAUAUUAAUUAAGUUACAAAUAGUAAUUCGACCAUCAAUAAGAAUAUUCUAUAAUUUUAUAAGCCGUGAGGUAAGUUGAUAAGUUCUCUCAUACGUCGCCGAGUUUGAAUAAGUGCGGGUCUUUGCUUUGGAAGAACCCCAGCCCACUGCUCUGUCCAAGUAAAAUAAAAUUUGUUAGAGGCCAGCCUAAGCCAGGGUUCAACCCGCGAAUUCUGGUGGCUGCUGGUAAAAAUCGUGAAGACGAAAAGCGAUUUGUCUCAACUGGCGCUCGAACAGGGACUUUGCAGUAGUUCAAACCAGCAACGAAAAAUUUUAUUAAUUUUUCUCACGGCUUUACAGUAAAAAUUUUAUAAUAAUUUCCAGUAUCAAUUUAAAAAAAAAAAAAAAAAAAUUUCUUACCAGUAUCAGAAAAAAUAUACUUUUCUACAUUCAUAAUUUCAUUUCAUUUUAUCAUUCAUCACUAGCAUCUAAUCUCACAAAAUAAUUAAUUUCCAAAUUUCUUUUAUUUAUUAUUAAUUGUAUCAGAUAAAAUUUGUCAUUGUAAUUUUGUGUGCCGGUUCGUUCUUAUAGAAAUUUCGUUGUUCUGUGACCUUGAGCGUAUACUAGCUACACGCGUCAUAAUAUGAGACGUUAGUGUUUAUUUACCUUACAGUUUACUUGAUAAUAACAACGCAAAAUAAACACUUAAAAUUUUAAAAUAAAAUUUUGUUCGUAUAUUUUCUAAGUCCAGUAAAUAACUUAAUUUGUAACACAAAAGAUUAUUAUAUUCGUUUCCGAUUUAAAAUAAAAUAUCUUUAGCUCGACAAAAUAAAUUUAGUACUUAAACAAACUACAAAUAAAAUCUUUGCAGUUAUAAAUAAAAAUUUGUUAGUCAUCAGGGAUUUAUUAAUUAAAAUAAAAUAAUUUAUUAACUCGAAGGUUUAUUAAUAGUAAUCGGAUAAUUGUAAAUAAAUUAUUUUUCUGCUAAGAUUUAGUCGAAGAUUAAAAUUGUAAUUAGAAUAAAAUUUCUGUAAUUAUCAGUAAUCUUUAUAGCUUAAUUAGUCAUCACAUCAUGUUGCCGAGGACACCGAUUCCAAGAACACUUCCAGCAGUUACUAGUAAUAAUUAUAAUAAUAUUGGUCACAAUUUACUUCAAUUUCCGCCUAAUCCAGCAUCAAGUUCAAUAAUUCCUACGACUAGUGCCAUUGAUGAUUUGCUAGACCUCACGGGAGGUAUACAUAACAGUACAGUGAAUAAUAAUAACGACGUUUCUGCAAAUAAUAUAAUUGGCCAUCCAACUGCACAGAUAAAUAAUGCGAGCUCAAUAGCAGUCUUGUCAAAUGCUAUAGCUCAGCUACAAACUGAAUCUGCAGCCUUGCAAACCGCACGCUAAGAGUCGUCACUGACGGGUACAAUCUCACGACCUUCCAAUACGUUACCGAUAUCAUCGAAUUCGGGAACGGCAAUACAAGCUAGAAAUAAUCUAACUUUUCCAAAUAGCUGUAUUUCUAGCACAUUGAUGCCCAGAGAAUUGUUUUCAACAACUACUGUCUUACAGGUAGCAAAUCCCCUCACAGCUGGCCAUCUUGCCCCGCAAUCAUACGUGCAAUCGUCUCAGGCAAGCAGCGUGUUAUCAGCUGUACAUCAAGCACCUGCGUAGGAACCGUACGCGCAUCAAACGGUCCCACUACCAAUUCAUACGUUACCGUCGUAUGUACACACGCAGCCACUAUCAUCUAAUAUGAUACCAGCACAUAUGCAGCCUGUAACGUUCCAUCACCUACACAACGUGACAACUGGGUAUACGAGUGCAAUGGGCUUUAAUUUUACUUAUCUGUACGAAAUCAGUCGAUUUGUAAAAUCGUGGAAUAUUUGUUUUCCUUCUCGGAAUCGUACGUCGUCAUUUGAUGCACGAAAAUACAUCAAAACUAUAGAACAACGUAUGCGCAGCUAUGACAUUCCUUUCAAGAAUUUCCCUACGGUUGUAACCAAUACACUCAACGGUAACGUCCUUGAGUGGUAUUAUCAAAAUGAAAAAUUAUUUAUUUAUUGGGAAACUUUUAAAUACUAUUUUAAAACCUGGCAAACACAACAGAUCGAUGAGGAUUUAUUGCAAGAGAUCUACGCAGCUAAGCAGGGUAAUGACGAAACUGGAGUAUCUUUCGUGAACCGGAUGCAAGGAGCUUUUAUGCAAUUGGAGGAGCCGUUACCGCAAGCGAAGCAAAUUCGCAUAAUAAUCGCGCGGUCCAAUUCGUGUUUUUUGCAAAAAUUUGCAGGGGAAAAUAUCUCGAAUUAUGCGGAAUUAUUUAUACGUGUUAGUGCUUGGCAGGCGACGGCUAAUGCACUCAAUUCCCACUACAAUGUCUCAAAUAAACAAAAAGCGCGUAUUCCCGUCGAUCAUUGUAUUCAAGACUCUCCAGAUUUUUAUUCAAUCAAUUGUAUAACUACCGCACAGCCACAUGCUUCACAGAAUAAAAAACCCAGUUCUAAUAAAAAUAAUUAUUGUAAUUGUCAUCGAAAUUCAAGUCGGUCUGACAAUAAAGCAAAUGACUCAAAUUUAGAGCUUCCAGCUUUACUGAAUAAUUUUGAAUCAUUCAUGAAAUCAUUCCUGGAAAGAUUAGAACGAAUAACAUCAAGCAAUUCUUCGGCAAAUACCAUUCCGGCGCAACCAACUUCUGUAAAGAAUACACCUGUCUGCGGUCGUUGUGGUCGAAUUGGCCACGUUUCUGAUCUAUGUUGUGCGCCCACAACUGAUAAACUACGAAUUAAGGCAGGAUUAAAAGUUCGACAAAAGUCUGCGAAAAAUUUUGAGAAUCAGGCUAAUAUAAAGUAUACAGACAAGACCGACGGCGAGGCUCGAAAUACUCGAGUGGAAGAGUUAAUCCAUUUUGCGUCUCCGAUAGAUAAAGUUCAAAGUAAUUCAGAAAUAUUGGAUCCUCGUCAAGUUACAAGAAUAAACAAAUCAAAUAAUAAUAAAACACCUAAGAUAAAAACGAAACACCAAAAAGCACGUACCGCUACAGAUAAAAUUGAAACUACACAAAGCGUAGCUCCAAAACUUUACAGUCAGUCAUCAACUCAUUCAGUAGUUUUUUGUGACGACACAGUUAAACCUUCCGGAAAAUUCUCUUCAGCGAGUCUGAAAGCUCCGUUAAGAGUCAGUCAGAUGGUCACCAACGUAUACAUUGGUCAACACAAGAUUGACGCAUUACUGGACAGUGGAAGUGGACGCAGCUACAUCUCUGAAGCCGCAUACGAACACAUCAAAGAAAACCAACUGCAAGAACUCAUAUCAGGCCCCAUGAAUGCUCGUGAGGUCAUUAUGGCAAAUUCUAAACCAACACAAACACGAGGUGGUGCACCUUUCCGGAUAAAUUUAGACGGCCACGAUAUUAUCACUUGGUUGACUGUGGUACCAGGAUUGUCUACUCCUGUCAUCCUUGGACUAGAUUUUUGGCAGUUAGCUGACAUUCAAGUGAACUCCAAAGAAAACACGUGGAAAAUAAAUUCAAGUGAAAUAACUCACACAUUCUCCUCAAGGACACGUCAAUUCAAUUCAGCAUCGUUAAACUCACUGUCAUCAACUGAAGAGGCUAAUCAUAAUCGAAAUCUCUUACUCAAACAACAAGGAAACAUUACUUAUUAUAACCUGAGUGAACUAAUACAUUAAGUAGUUGAUAAGAAAAUUUAUCAUGCGUCACCGAAAUGGAUAUACUCCAACAAUAUUUUCCAUCAAAUUCAUACUCAUCUCAUUCAUUCAUUUCAUUUAUUAUUGCCAAUUGUAAUAAUUUUUAAUUACAGCGUCGAGUCUGGGAGCAGUUAGCAGACUGAGUAAUCGAAAUCUUUAAAUAGCAUUACUUCCUUACAGUCCUCAGACUUCCAAAAAAAAAAUAAUUGUAUUUAAUGAUUAAUUGUAAAUAUUACGAAAUUAUUUUUUACAGUAUCUUGUAAUAUUAGUUCGUAAGCGGCAAAUAUACACUUCUAGGCUGAUCCAGAUCGAAGUCCCAGGAUAGAAGUGAACCUGAAAAGGGUGACUAAACUCUAAUACUUUGGUAUCCCUACGGCUUGCAAUAAAAUACUGGCAAUCCACUUGUAUAUUUAGCGAUCUACUUGCAAUACCUGUAAAUAUUUUCAUAAAAUCAAUUUUUAUAUUACGGUGAUCUACUUGCCAUUACUAUGGCGAUUUACUCGCAUUGUAAAUAUUGUAAAUAAACUAAAUCAUUCUUUUCAGUCGGACAACCUUGACGAGAGGUCAAAAGGGUAACCUUGGCUUGGUGGGGGGGAUUGAGACAAUGUGAAUUGUCAUCUUCUCCCUCAGCCUUGCGGUUCCCAUUUUUCCCCGUCUCGUUGCCGUCUGAAACCACCUAAAGCUAGUCAUAGUGCCAUGGUCACAUGACUAGUUAUCACCUCAACGCAUAACCGUAAGGGGAAGUGGGGAGCGAGCCCAAACUCAGCCCUAAGACCCUACGGUUAUUGAACUUCACUUCGAUCCUGGAUCAAUUAGCAAUAAGACGUAUAAUUCAAUUUCACUGUCAUAUACUAGCAAUUUAUUUGCGACUUUGUUAAUACGGAUAACUACUUUGUAAAUCAGGAAAUUAACUUGUGUUAUAGUUGUAUUACUAGCAAUUCUCUUGCGAUAUACUUUACUGUUCAAGUUUACUGAUUAUUAUAAAUAGAGUUAGUUCAAUUAAAUAUUACUGUACGUCACCGGCGGUAUACCCGCGAUAUAAAAUUAUACUGUGCCACGAAUCUGUCUACAUUAUAUCCAGUGCUUGCGUUUUCUUGUAAGUAAUUUUGAUUAUUAUAAUUGGCAAUAAACUUGCAAAUUAUUCUGAUUAAUUCCUUUUAUUCCAUCUAUCACUGUUCAUCCCACUUAUUUCCUAUUUUACUGGUAAGAUUAUUAAAUAGUCUGAUAAAAUAAAUAUUAAUUAAGUUACAAAUAGUAAUUCGACCAUCAAUAAGAAUAUUCUAUAAUUUUAUAAGCCGUGAGGUAAGUUGAUAAGUUCUCUCAUACGUCGCCGAGUUUGAAUAAGUGCGGGUCUUUGCUUUGGAAGAACCCCAGCCCACUGCUCUGUCCAAGUAAAAUAAAAUUUGUUAGAGGCCAGCCUAAGCCAGGGUUCAACCCGCGAAUUCUGGUGGCUGCUGGUAAAAAUCGUGAAGACGAAAAGCGAUUUGUCUCAACUGGCGCUCGAACAGGGACUUUGCAGUAGUUCAAACCAGCAACGAAAAAUUUUAUUAAUUUUUCUCACGGCUUUACAGUAAAAAUUUUAGACUGUACGUUUUAGACUGUUUUCAAGUACAAAUACGUUCCGAUAAUGAUAGGAAAUUGAUAGUGAAGAACAAUUUGUCAGAGAUAUUUUUGCAACGAGACAUUUAUGUCUGAGAUA